CUGGGGUCACAACAAACGCCUCUUCUUGUAUUGGUAAAAAAAAAAAGAAAAUUAAGGAAAUGCAGCAGCAGCAGCAGUUGCGCUAAUUAGUGACGCCCCACAUGCGAUAGCAAGGACCUAACAGGACGCGAAACAGCCAUGGCAACGGAAGAGCCGCACCUGCAUCCGCAGCAGGAGGAGCCGGGCACUCGGAGUCAGGAGGAGUCGCAAAGUCAGCCGGCAGGGAGUAAAUAUUUGGCCCUGCACACCAUGGAUGCGGAGCGCGUCUGCCGCGUUUGCCUCAGGGAAGCAUCGCUGGACGGCGAGGAGUUGCACUUCAUAUUCGAGGACGCGCCCGUCGAGGAGGGCGCCAAUCUGGCCCGCAUCCUGGACGAGUGCACGCUGCACCAGUGCCAGCGGCACGACGGGAUGCCCCCGCACAUGUGCGGCUCCUGCGUGGAGGCGGCACGCCACGCCUACCGCUUCAAGCGGCACGCAGAGCGCUCAUACUGCUCGCUGGUGGCCCUGCUGGGCCGCUCGCCCCAGCUGAAGACGCGCGGUGCCGAGGCGGCCAGCCAGACGGAUCAGGUGGCCCUGCUGCCCUGCGAGAUGUGCCACGACCAGUUUCUUAACAGCCUGGAGUUGCGCCUGCACCGCAACCAGGUGCAUAGGACGACCAAGGAGGGCACUGGCUCGGGCACAGGCGGCCCCAGCACGGAGGGCACUCAGGUCGAGGAAUUCAAGUGCAAGUUUUGCCCGCAGCAUUUCCCGCAUCUCCGACAGCUGCGCAGCCAUUUGGCGCGGAGUCACGAGCAGACCGCUCGCCUUCAGUGCGCCCAUUGCCAGCGCACCUUCAGCCGUCGGGAUCAUUUGCUGCGCCACAUGCGAAAUCAGCACCGGGACGUGGAGGAGGACCUGCUGCGCACCUGGCCGGCGGCGGAUGACAAUACCAUGCAGAGCGAUGGCGGGGAUGAGCUCGUCUCCGCCGAGGUGCUGCUGAACGAGGAGGACGACGAGGAGGACGGGCUUGAUGCCUUCAAGUGCAAUACGAAUCCCAUUUCCAGCAACGAAGACGAGGACGAAGAGGGCAACGUGGCCAAUCAAACGCUGUGGCUGCACAUCAAGCCAGAGCCCUGCCUGGAGGCGGAGGAAGUUGACCUGGCCAUGCAGUUGAAGCUCGAGAAGAAGCGUCGGCGGCGGGAAAAGGCGGAAGCUCCAGCCGAGGGCUCCAUUGAUCGGACUGUGAAAAAUGAGCCCAUUGCCAUCAGCGAGACCCAGUUCAGCAUUAAAGAGGAGAGCCAUCUUGUGGGCAGCGAGGACGAGGCAAUGGCAAUGGAAGAUUUCAUGAAGCUGCAUGUGGGCGGAGAACUGCCGCUCAGCGAGGGGGAGUUCGUCGACGAUGAAAGCGACCUUGAUGACGAUGAGGACGACGACGAGGACGGAGGGGAAGACGACGAUGGAGAGUUCCGGCUUAAAGAGGAGCCGCUGGAUGGCGAGAAGCCGCUAAAGAAGUCCAAAUCCGGCAGGCGUCGACGACGCAACAAGCAGAGCGAGCCCAAUCCCGAGAACCGUUGUGAAGUAUGCCAGCGCACCUUCUCGCGCCACUGCCACCUGCUGCGCCACAAGCUCUCGCAUCUGGAGAAGAAGCCCCACAACUGCCCGCACUGUCCCAAGGCGUUUGCGCGCAGCGACCACCUCAAGGCGCAUGUGCAGAGCCUGCACAGCAACAAGGAGCACAAGUGCGAACUCUGCGAGGCCGCCUUCUCGCGUCUGGACUCCUUGGAGCGCCACAAGGUCAGCAAGCACAAUGGCGAGGGCCUGGAGCCGGGCAGCGAGCUGAAGCUGCAGCUGGCGGAGCACACGUGCGAGUACUGCUCCAAGCGCUUCUCCAGCAAGACCUACCUGCGCAAGCACACCCUGCUGCACACCGACUUCCUGUACGCCUGCAAGACCUGCGAGGAGACAUUCCGCGAGCGAGCGCAGCUGAGGGAGCACGAAAAGACCCACACCGGGCAGCGGAACUUCCUCUGCUGCAUUUGCGGCGACAGUUUCGCCCGCAACGACUACCUCCGCGUGCACAUGCGGCGCCACAACGGCGAGAAGCCCUACAAGUGCCGCUACUGUGUCAAGGCCUUCCCCCGCGCCACCGAUCUCAAGGUCCACGAGCGGUACCACACGGGCACCAAGCCGAAUCUGUGCAAUACCUGUGGCAAGAGCUUCCAUCGGGCCUACAACCUGACCAUCCACAUGCGGACGCACACCGGCGAACGGCCGUACAAGUGCGACCAGUGCCCCAAGAGCUUCACGCAGAGCAACGACCUCAAGGCGCACAUCCGGCGGCAUACGGGCGAGCGGUACAAGUGUCCGCACUGCGACGCCUACUUCCUGCAGCUGUACAAUAUGCGUAACCACUGCUUGAGCGUCCACAACAAGCACAUCGAGACGAAGACGGGGCGCCUUCAGCGUACGGGCUUGCUGGACGACGGCGGGCAGUCGCAUCUGACCACCGUGGUAAUGCCGCCGGCACGGUACCAACCCGGCAUGGAUCCCCUGAUGGCGGCGGCUGCUGCUGCCGGCGGGGCCGAAAGCUCAUCAUCGACCACCGUCAUUCACUCACCAGGGACAUACAAUGCCACAUCCUCCGGCCUGGCUCCAGGAGUCAGCUCCGCCGCUCCAGCCACCACUCUGGAUGGCGCCAGCUUCGCUCCGACGGCGGUGAAUGCAGUGAAUACGGCGGCUCCUUUUGGCGCCUUCAAUUUUCCGCCAGUCGUUAUGGCGCAUCUCAUGUACAACCAUGGAGGAAGUAGUCAGCACAGCCAGAGUGGCAGCGACACCGGUAAAUAGCCAUCGCCUGGACCAAAUGCUAUGCUGCACUGCGUCCUCCUGCUCCCGAGGACCCUGCAUCCCGGACACCUCAACCCGAACACACACAACACACAACUAUUCCAGUGUAGUCUUAAGCUUUCCUCUGUACAUAGCCGUCGGAAUGAAGAGGAGCAGGAAUCUGGCCAAUUGGAGGGUACAUCACAAGCGCCGGCACCACCCAUGCUGGCUAUUUUAAUGUGUUAAUAUGUAUGUAAUAGUCGAAUAAGAACUGCUUACAUCUUAAUGCGCAAUGUAGGCGGUUGGAAGGAACGUUUUAUAAAGCUUACAUCAGUGCGCAUGUAUAUUUAAAUAAAAAUCGCUCCCAUCCCACUAACAUGAUUAAUUGAUUGAGUAAAUAAAUCCUGAAAGCAUAGUGAAACAUGUA